AUGCCCCCCCUCCACGACGUCCUCAUCAUCGGUGCCGGCCCCUGCGCUCUCGCCGUCGCCGCGCGCCUCCACGAACCAACCCCAUCCGCCAUGUUCACCGACGAAGAACACCAGCGCUACCACUGGAUCAACAAGCACAGCGGCCGGAUGGCACUCGUCCAGGCGCAGCGACGGAAGCUGAACGGCGUGAGGGCGGAGCCGUGGCGUGCGCACGCGUCGAAGCGCAGAACUAGCGACUCGUCGAGCGCGAGCGGAGCACCAGCAUCAAUAUCGGCGGCGUCUUCUGUGCCGUCGCUGGCGUCAUCCCUGUCUCCAUCCUCGGUGGACAUGGAUACGGACAUGAGCGGGGAGAAGCGGCUGGGUGCCCGGCGUGAGUCUGGCGUCUCUGUGCUCGUGCUCGACGGGACAGGCGAGCGGUGGAUGCAGCGGUGGGAGACUGCGUUCCGGACGCUUGAGAUUGCGCAGCUGCGCAGUCCGAUGUUCUUCCAUGUGGAUCCCGGGGACCGCGACGGGAUGCUUGCGUAUGCGCGGGAGACGGGCCGCGAGGCGGAUCUGUGGGAGAUUGGUGGGUGUGUGGGGAAGGAAGUGAGCAAGCAUAAGAGGAAGAAGAGGAUGAGGGCGAGGGCUGUAGCCAUGGGGGAGACCGAGAUCGAUGAGCGAGAUCGCAAGGAUUACUUCUCGCCGUCGACGGGGCUUUUCGCGGAUUAUUGUGCGAGUAUCGUUGAGCGGUACGGGCUGAAUGCGCCGGGGAUGAUCCUCCAGCGGGAGGUUGGGGAUAUCCAGUACGAUUACGAUGAUGAGAUCUCACCGUACGAGAAGAUCUUCACUGUUACUGCGAGCGAUGGAUCGAGGUUCUAUAGUCGGGCUGUCGUGCUGGCUAUCGGGCCGGGGAAGACGAAGAUGCUGCCCUUUGAGCUGUCCGCAGACGAGCGGAUGGGCGCCUGCCAUAGUACCGAGAUUCGCGCAUUCCCUAGUCCCAAUGUGAAGAGGAAGAUGCAGCAGAGGGAGGAGACAAACGUCGUUGUCGUGGGAGGGGGGCUGUCGUCUGCGCAAAUCGUAGAUAUGGCUGUCCGGAAGGGUGUGACCAAGGUGUGGUUUAUUAUGAGGUCGGAUUUCAAAGUGAAACACUUUGACUUCGGAUUGACCUGGGUGGGCAAGUUCAAGAACUACGAAAAGGCCGCUUUCUGGUCCGCCGACACCGACGAUGAACGUCUCGAGAUGAUCAAGGUUGCCCGAAACGGCGGCAGCAUCACGCCCCGGUACCAGAAGAUCGUGAAGCAGCACGCAGCCCGAAACCGCGUGUCCAUCCACACGCGCACCGUCAUCUGCGACAAGGAGUACUGCCCCUUGACCCAGACGUGGCGGCUCACCACCGACCCCCCGAUCCCAGACCUCCCUCCCAUCGACUACAUCUACUUCGCAACGGGGAUGAAGUGCGAUGUCCAGGAGAUGCCGCUGCUGCAGCGGAUGCACCGUGAUUACCCCAUCGAGACGAAGCAGGGGCUGCCAUGCAUCACGGACGACCUCAUGUGGCAACCCGGUGUGCCGCUGUUCGUGACGGGGAGGCUGGCUUCUCUUCGUCUCGGCCCUGCAGCGCCUAACCUCGAAGGAGCGAGGCUGGGGGCUGAGCGUAUUGCGUGGGCUAUGGAAGACGUUCUGGGCCGGAAGGAGGCGGAAGAUGAUGAGGUUGGACGGUCAAGACAGUGUUUCUGUGGUCUGGGUAAUCGAUAUGCCGAGCUGUCGGUGCAUGCUGAUGCGGACAAUGACUUUGACUGUUUAUGA